UGUACAACUUGACAGUGCUGCUAUCAGAGUAGUGUGUUCCUGGAAAGUGUGUGGAUCUUUAUUUAAUUUAGGGCUUUCUCUCUUUGUAAUUUUUUAUUGGGGUUCAUUAGAAUAGAUGUGUUGCUGAAGGAGAUGUGGGGCGGGAGGGAUUCUUAACUGGACGUUUAAAAAAGCUGCGAUUUCUCCCGUCCGGUUGUUAUGGAGCAGCCACCAGGGAGCAUAGAUGAUCUACAGCCUCAAGACCUCUCUACUUCCUGCAUCCCCACUGUGAUCGACCUGACCAGGAAAGGGGAAGAAUGUGUCCUCAACUCCACGACGGCUUUUGAUGGCUUGUCGAUGGUCAAGAGCCCCGGCUGGUUCCCAAACUCUGGGAACAGCAACCCUGGAUUACAGGGAUUCUCAGAGACCAGCUCCUCAGACAUCGCACACCAAUCAGGGGAUCAAAUUCAGCCAGACAAUGCCUUCUCGCGCACUACAGUCACCCUUUCAUACGUGAGCCGGUCUCACGUCUUCUCUUUUCAAGACACCCUAUCUCAACACUCGCCUCUGUACAGUGUGUCGCCUAUCAGCAAGUUCUCCCUCCACCCUCCUUGUGACACAGAUAAAGGGCUCGGGGAGACCGGCUAUGCAGUGAGCCAGCAUUACUUGGCGCAGGUUGAGGGGCCCGAGGACCUCGCCACACAGACGGAACUUUUUCAGUCAUUGUCUCAGGCUCAAGGGGGACUGGAGAACAAUGUGGACAGAACACAGGACUCUCAUGAGUGUAACAGUGGAGUCACUUUCAGUGACGUGGAUGUUGAAAAGCCGCUGCAAGGCAAAGAGGAUCACAGCCUUGCUGGUGAUGACAGCCCACAUCUGGAUAACUGUUCAGGAGCAUGUGCCGAAUCCUCUCCAGAGACUGUCACCCCUGUCACAGAGAAGGACGAGGGGAAAGCAGGCUCUGAGGUGCUCUUUCUCAUGUCUAAGACACCAGAGCAGGUGGUUGCCUCAGACAGUGCGGGUGCCAGAGACCUUUGUUCACUGAGCAGGGAGUAUAUAAGUCCUCUGGAGGACCCCGUUUCCCCCUCUGCUACCUCACUGGACGAUGUGGAAGAUGUAUUUGUCCUGCCUCAGGCCUCAAGCUCACCCAGCGGCGACAACUCUUAUCUUGAGACGACUGAGGGGGUCUCGUGUGAUAGCUUGAAUACAGAAGGGGCCAUUCAGCCAAGCUCUGGCAUCAGCGAUGGCACCACAAGGUUGGAUUCAAGUGAUGAAAAUAAACAGCCGGGCAGUAGACGAAAGGCUGCGCUGGAGCCUUUGAUCGACUUGACAGAUGAUGUUUGUGCAGCGGAAGUUCCUGAAAACAAUCACAAGACUGUUAUUCCUCACAUGAACGGGAAUGCAAAGGCACUAGAGAGAAGUUUGAAAGAAAAGAAGCUGCCAAUACGCUCCAGCAGAGGGACACGGCUAGAGGCCAUAGUUAUGAAUAUAAAUUCAAGCAGGUAUAAAGUAUCAGGAUGCAUACGCACUAGUAACAAAGUUAAUGCUUCCCAGUCAACAUCUAGCGAUUCCACUAAAUCUAUUUCUAAGAAGAAAGACUCUGUGUUAGCAGGUAAAAGGAGAAGCCGAGUAAAAGUGUCUGCCUCAGCGAAACCAGCGAAACAGAAAGCAGCAACUCCUCUGAAAAGAGGCAAAUCAAAUAACCUGAAUACUGACAGCUGCAAAGACUCUACCUCGGAUUCAGAAAUGAUCGGUAAUUCUAAAAAGUCGCGGCGCAGCGCACCUCCAAAAAGCCCCCGGUCUGCUGCGCGGAGAGAGAGUUCAAAGACUGAACCGAUGAAUGUUUCCCAACCUGUGCACCCACCCCAAACGAGCCCUGUGAAGUCAAAGAGGAAAACCUCCCCGCAGUCAAGUCCUCAGUUUGCUCUACAUAAUAACUCAAAGGAGGAGCCUGAACUGCUUCCUCAGCCAGACCCCUCAGUGGAAAUCCAGGUGGCAAGAUUUUCUCCACCAUCAAAAUCUCCAAAGAAAAACCAAGGCAAAGCCAACAGCAGAUCUCCUGCUAGCAAAGCGUCGCCCACUGCCAAGACGAAGGCUGCUCGCACUCCCAAAAGAAGACGAAAGAAACAUAAACCGGGUCAGUCUUCGUCCAUGUUUUCCCCAAAAGAGCCUGAGAUCAAGCUCAAGUAUGUCAACUACAAGGAGGAUAAAAGGGAUAUGAGGCCAGACAGUUUCUCUCCGUUUAUCCACGUGGAGCGUCAGCAGUCCUCUCCGUCGCUGUGUACUGUCGUCAAUUACCCAGAGGAGGUAAGGGCGCAGCACAAGAAGGGCUCGCAGCAGCAGCAGGCUAAUACCAGCGGCUUCAUUUCUGCAGUCGUACCCAGCACUUCCUGUCUGCAGCUGGGCCGGGUGUCCACUCACGGUCAGGAUCAGCGCCCUCUUAUCUGCUGCCUGUGUGGACAGUCAGCCAACGCCAUGGACUUGGGGGACCUUCACGGCCCUUACUUCCCUGAAGGUUACCAGCCGAGCACCAAAAAACCAGCCAGCACUUUAGGCCUCAAAGAGGAUGACUACAGUGAUUCGGACUCUUCAUCUUGCAGCAUGAGAGGAAGGGGGAGGAAGUGUGCCGCUGUGCCCGCUGUGCGGGCCCUGAGGCCAGGAGCUCAGCUGAAGAAGAGGGGCCUAAUGGAGAACCACCGAUGGAACAACAGCAGCAUCAGCACAGGCAGCCCUGCAGCUAAACGAGUGCGGUCAGAUGCUAGCUCUGCGAAUGUGGAGGACUGGUAUAGCCCCCCUGUGUUGCUUCUCCAACCUUGUGAAUACUGGCUUCAUGAAGACUGCGGCAUCUGGUCUGCAGGCGUGUUCCUUGUGAAGGGCAAAGUGUACGGCCUGGAGGAGGCUGUCAAAGUAGGCCAGGAGACGACGUGUUCAGCGUGCCAUGACCCAGGUGCUACGCUUGGCUGUUUCUUCAAAGGCUGCCCCAACAAGUACCACUACAGGUGUGCUCUGGAGUCAGACUGUGUACUCAUUGAAGAAAACUUCUCCAUGAAGUGUAAGAAGCACAAGAACAAGACAUUCAAAGGCCCCUCCAGGGAGCAGAUGGGACGAAAGGGGACAGAAACCUCGUGAGAAGAUUCACCUGCAGCAUUUUCGCAGGCCUUCCCACCACCUCGCUGGUAACCAUGGCGACACUGGACCAGGGUUGUUCUGACUGACAGCUAGCACCCGCAAACCUUAACUUCACCCUCUGUCCUUCAACUGCACUGUUAACCCCCACCAGGCACUGGGACUGGAGGACCCCGGUCACCUCCCUCAGUCCAGUCUGACAGGACUCAUCAGCCGACGCCACCCGCGGACUGACGAGAACCGUUCUUGAAGUAACAUGCUGAAUUUGUUAUUUGUGUAGUUAUUUAUAUGGGAUGUUUUGGUUUCUUUUUUCUUCUUCUUCUGAAUUAAAUAUGAAUAACAAUCAAAGAUAUUUAAUUUUUUUAAAGAUUUUCUAAGUAUUUGAUUAUAUUUGGGUUAUUUAUUCUUGUAUUGGUUUCUUUAGCAGUUGUCAAAGAGGUUUGAUUGAGUGUUUUGUUUUUUUUUAAGUUAUUGCUAAAGCAGUUUUGAUGUUGAAUUAAACAGCCAGUCAUGGAGACAGAAAGAAGGGGCUGGUGGCUCAAGGUAGUACCCUCCCCAGAGUAAAGGUACCUGAUUAUCGUCAACACAACAGGGUUCCAGAUUUAAUGCAACACCUUGUGCGAUCAUUAUGCUUUCUGUUUCCAGUGCAGAUUCACCCAGCAGGUGUUACUGAGCGAGCCGCAAAGCGUGCAUGUAUUUGAAUGUAUUUUCACAGGAAGCACUUUGGCCCUCUGCUCCAGCUGCAGUAUUACUGUCUUCAGCUGACCACUGCCUCCAAACUUUGUUGGCCUCAGGCUCUUAUAUCUGGCUUUUGAGGCUCAUUGGUCACCUUGUCAACUUAAAAUAGUCAGAUCCAACUGCCUCCCUCCCACCUCGGCCUGAGAGAAUUUCUGCCUGUACGAUCUUUAAAUCAGUUUGGAUCUUAACAAACUUCAGUCUGAAUUAUUAGGAGCUGUGUUAGGGGUUUAUAAAUUAAUAAACAAUUAAUUUUCUUCCACUCCUAAAGGAAAGGGAAUCCUGUGUUAGAUUUCCCUUUCAUCAUCUCAACAAACCAGCCCCCCUUAGACCACAGGACCACUCAGCUGCUCGCUUGACUUCAGACCCAACAAGGAGGGGCAACAGUUACUCUGCUGUUCCAUCAGUCUUAAAUUGAAUAGGAAUGGCCGCGCUAGUAUUAAGGUUCCUGAUGUCUUUACUUGGGCCUACAUGCUGCUCUUGAAGAAGCCUUAUCUGACUUACCAGCGCUACAUGGACUCGGCGUUCCUUCACUAGCUUUUGGUCCAACAACAAAUCCGUGGAUGUACUGCACACGGUGUUCCUGAGGGCAGCUUGCAUGCACUUUUAUGCAGCAGACUCUGUUAUUAGUAAUACCAGAUACGUGCUGGGCCGCCUCCUAGUAAAACCCUCUGGCUGCACAGGUGCUCACCUACUCUGUGGGACUUGCUCAAACCCAGUGUACCUGUUGAGGACGUCAGACUCAGUUUUUUGUUUUAGAAGAAAAGUCUUUGUGAUCAGUGUUGGUGUUAAAGUCUGUGCACUUCUCCUUAGCGCCAUUAGGAGCAGCGCUGUGCUGUGUGAGCACAUUAAGCCAUUACUCGAUGUCAGCAGACAUCCACACAGAGGCAGCUGAAGGCUUCGUCUGCUUAGUGUCUCACCAGAAGCAGCAGGAUUCAAACACACACACACACACACAUCUCCCUACCCUGAAAACACCAUGUCUGUUCCAUUUGUGCCAUCUUUCUGUUUUGCCGUUUUUAUAUUUUGUUGCAGUGAAAUAAUACAUUUUUUAAUCAACUAUUUUUAAGUAAGCAGGUGUGUCACUGAGCCUGUAGUUCUUUGUUUUUCAUUUUCCAGUUUCAAGCACUUGUACCAAAUAGAGAUUUUGGAGAAUGUUUUAUUAUUACAGUCUUGCAAAAUGCUUGGGUUUUUUAAAACUAUGUUGUAUGUGUGUUAAUCUCAGGGCUGAAUCUCAGAUAUUCGAAUGGGUUUUUAUGUUUUUCUUCUGUUGUGUCAACCCCACAUUGACUGGAGCAAUGAUACAUGUAAGCAGGAAGUGCUCAUCUCCUCAGAUGUAACGCCUUUUUUCUGUCCUGGUUACACACUACUCGUCACAUUCCAACGCCGCCUCCAUGUGUCCGUCGGUGAUGCGGUGUUUUGUUUUAGGACAUCGACUGCUUCACUGUCACACUUUUGUCAUCGUCUUAUUUUUAUGGUAACUUUUUUGUAUUGUCUUGUCCAUUUGUUGGAACACCAGAGGUCAUGUAAUUGUUUAAGAAUAAAUAUUUUGUUCGCUGUU